CUGAGCUCGCGGACCCUGAGCGCUUCCUCAGGCGGGCGGCGCGUUGGAGGCAACCGCCCCGCUACGCCCCGGGCGCCGGUUUCCUGGCAGCUCGCACGGUUAGCAAAGACAGCUGAAGCCGACUUGUGCAGGAUUCCCCUGGCUCUUCUGUGACCUCCUCUCCCUGGUAGCCUGUGUUCUGGGCCUCACCUAAACAAGUCUGAGUAGGAACAAGCCAUCUCUUCCAUCCAUAGCCAUGAAUUUCCUCCGGCGGCGCCUCUCUGACAGCAGUUUUGUGGCCAACCUGCCCAAUGGCUACAUGACAGACCUGCAGCGCCCAGACAGCUCCACCAGCUCCCCUGCUUCCCCAGCCAUGGAGAGGAGGCAUCCCCAGCCCCUGGCAGCCUCCUUCUCCUCUCCAGGAUCCAGCCUCUUUAGUUCCUUCUCCAGUGCCAUGAAGCAGACUUCACAAGCCCCCUCAGGGCUGAUGGAGCCUCCAGGUCCCUCUGCUCCCAUUGUUCAAAGGCCCAGGAUCCUAUUGGUGAUCGAUGAUGCCCACACAGAUUGGACCAAGUAUUUUCAUGGGAAGAAGGUGAAUGGAGAGAUUGAGAUCCGAGUAGAGCAGGCUGAAUUCUCAGAGUUGAACCUAGCUGCCUAUGUUACUGGGGGCUGUAUGGUGGACAUGCAAGUCAUGAGAAAUGGCACCAAGGUUGUGAGAUCCUUCAAGCCAGACUUCAUCCUGGUCCGUCAGCAUGCCUACAGCAUGGCCCUGGGUGAAGACUACCGAAGCCUGGUCAUUGGCCUCCAGUAUGGAGGGUUGCCUGCUGUCAACUCUCUCUACUCCGUCUACAACUUCUGCAGCAAGCCCUGGGUGUUCUCUCAACUCAUUAAGAUCUUCCAUUCCUUGGGUCCUGAGAAGUUCCCUCUUGUGGAACAAACAUUCUUUCCCAACCAUAAGCCAAUGCUCACAGCGCCCCACUUCCCUGUGGUGGUCAAGCUGGGACACGCCCACGCCGGAAUGGGAAAGAUCAAAGUAGAAAACCAGCAUGACUACCAGGACAUCACCAGCAUGGUGGCUAUGGCCAAAACCUACGCCACCACUGAGGCCUUCAUUGACUCCAAGUAUGACAUCCGCAUCCAGAAAAUCGGAUCCAACUACAAAGCUUACAUGAGAACCUCCAUCUCUGGAAAUUGGAAGGCCAACACAGGCUCUGCUAUGCUGGAGCAGGUGGCCAUGACAGAGAGGUACAGGCUGUGGGUGGACAGCUGCUCAGAAAUGUUUGGCGGCCUGGACAUCUGCGCCGUCAAGGCCGUCCACAGCAAGGAUGGCAGAGAUUACAUCAUUGAGGUGAUGGACAGCUCAAUGCCCUUGAUUGGAGAGCACGUGGAGGAGGACAGACAGCUUAUGGCUGACCUCGUUAUCUCCAAAAUGAGCCAACUCCUGAUACCGGGUGGCACAGUGCCCUCGCCCCUGAGGCCUUGGGCUCCGCAGUCCAAACCAGCAAAGUCCCCCGGGCCGGCCCACAUGGGACCUCUGCUUGGACAGCCCCAGCCACGGCCACCUACACAAGGGGGCCCUCGCCAAACUCCGACCCAGCCGCCCGUGCGAUCCGGAAGCCCGUCCCAGCAGCGGCUCUCCCCGCAAGGCCAGCAGCCCCUGAGCCCACAAUCCGGAUCUCCGCAGCAGAGAUCACCAGGCUCUCCGCAGCUGUCCCGGGCAUCCAGUGGCACGUCUCCAAACCAGGCCUCCAAGCCAGGCGCCCCCCUCACCUCCCAGGCCCGGCCCCCCGUUCAAGGCCGAAGCGUCUCCCAACAGGGUGAAGAGUCCAAGAAGCCAGCACCACCUCAUCCUCAUCUCAACAAAUCCCAGUCCCUGACUAACAGCCUCAGCACAUCUGAUGCUUCCCAGCGCGGGACCCCAAGUGAAGACGAGGCCAAGGCCGAAACCAUCCGCAACCUGAGGAAGUCCUUUGCCAGCCUGUUCUCUGACUAACCCAGCUGGGGCUGGGACAGGGGAGUGCUCUGUUCCACUCUCCUGUCUCACCUUCCUUCUCAGCCUUGGUUCCCGAUGGGAACAGAAUGGAGGGCCUGAGAAUAUACUCUCUAAAUGCCUUUGACCCAGGAACUGAGUAUGUAUACGUGUUCCCCCUCCCUUUACCAUGACAUUCCAGCGUCAGCCAACUCAGUGGUGGGCCUUUGAGAGCCUCCAGGUUCCUCAGAUCAGGCCCUAAAGGCAUCACAUCACCCUGCCCACCCACAUGCUUGCUCCCCUGCCUUAGAUAACCAAGUGAAAUGUCUGUGUGUGGCUAGUUUUCACAUUUCUUGUUAGUGUUUUGCUUGCCUUCAGGCAAAGGCCCCCUCUAGGCCUGGCCUGCCUUCCAUCAGGUGCAGGCACUGGGACCUCAGUGACAUUGGAGGCAAUAAUCCUCUGACAGUGUUUUGCAAACAGAAGGAGAAAAGCCCAGCCAGGGGUACCUACCUACCCAUGCUUACUCCAUCCAGGCUCGAGAUCACCCCUCAGACCAGCCAGGCUGAACCCCAUCCCUCGUGGCCACCAGUGGGAUCUAGAGAACCAUGGAAAGGAAUCAGAUCCUGUGUGAAAAUUGGGGCCUUCCGGAACACAACAGAAAUGGAAGGGAAGUCUUGAUGAGUUGCUCACACCCAGAUUGGACAGCCAAGAGCAGACCACAGGUUCUUCGAUGAAUCAUCUCUAGUUCCAAGAGGAGGAAAAUGCCCUCCACUUCCCAAGGUGGGAGUCAGCUUGGGGCUCCUCCAGCCAUUCUGUGUUACACCAUGAGUAACUCUGAAUUCCCUCCAGGAACGCUGUCCCUCCUCCAAGAUAGAGGACGAGCCAGAGGGAGUCCGCGGAUCAGGCUGAGAUCAGGCAGAGAAAGGGCUGUGACAGCAACUUCGAGGCUGGCAUGUCAGGGACUGUUGUCAGCAAGGCACGGUAGGUUACUCAGUUAUAAAAGGGUCCCAUGCUCAAAUAUGUUUAGGAAACGCUGUUUCUAUUUCUUGCUUUGAAGUUGGUAGUACACAUCACAUGUCAAAGGCCCUCCGGCCUCCUGCAGUAAAGAAAUGAGCUUUCACCUUGCUUAACCCAAACUUAUCUGACAAUACCAGUCCCCUGCGGAGCUGGCAGAGGUCCCGACUCCUUUCCCAAAGCUCUUUCCCUACAUCAGACUGCCUCCCGUGAUCAGACGGGGUGCAGGGCUGCCCCCAGUUCCCACGCACCCGGUGCUAUAAACAUUGCAGGUGCCAGAACCAGCCUCCUGGGCUUGAAAAGAGCCCAGGACGUUAGAACACAGCCACCGCGCUCUCCCCUUACAGCCUACCUUGCCACUUGAGACACGUCUUCCCCUCCCUGUUGACAGAGAAAGAGAGAGGGAGGUGAACUGAACUUGUCCUUGGCCUGGAGCUACAUUCUAGAGGAGAGGAAGCUUGCAGGACAGGGUGUACCACCACCACCAAGCCCACGUGAUUGGAAGAUCAGGAACACAGAAACCACCCGAGGCAAUCAUCACUCACAUGCACGGGAGAUUCAGAUCUGAAAAAGUCAACCUCAUUUGAUUCUCACUUAGUAAUUAAUCAAAUGCAACCCAAAACACACAACAGAGGGGUCAUAGGCCCGACAAACUUUCUUGAAGUGUGGGUACAGCUAGCUUUAUUUCAGACCAAAGGAGUCGGGAUUUCUGGUGGUAAGGCCCAGACGCGUAUGCUGGUCCGUCUCCCUGCGUAGUUCGCGCGCUCACGGAAGCACAUACUGAGGUCAGCCCAGCAGCCUCUGCUGAGCAGCGUGGGAAGGCCACGCGGUGAGAGCAGCCUGGUAGGGAUGCCGUACACCCAGGGACCCGGUCCUCUGGUGAGCCGAACCCGUGGCUCCAUGAACAGGAUUGCCUGGCUGAAAUGUUCCCACUUCCCUAUAAUCUGUCCCUUCCCUCAAAACUUCUCAACUUUCAAGCUCGAGCUCCCAGAUGCGCCAGCCUCAGUACCGCACACUUUUCUCAUCCGGCCAGGCAUCCUGAUUUCUAGAACCGUGCACACAUGAUCCGUGACAAGAACACCACAGCCAGCACAUCGGAAGCAAUCUUCCACUGGAAAAUUUGAGCACUGAGACCAAGCGUGCUCUUGGCAAGAGCACGGAGCCCCAAAACGGGCUCUUUGCUCACAUAGGCUGGCACGUGUCCCUUCCAAACCCUUCACCUUUCAUAGCUGUGACAUUUUGGAAUGGAAAGGACAAAAGGAAGUGAGGAAGGGCGUCACUCUGUGGAGGUUCUGAAAGGUUGUAUGUUGUUUUGCUUUCGACCCAAGGGAAGCCUAGCAUUGUCCCUCCAGGCUGACUUAGUGAGGCUGAAACUUGAGGAAGAGCCCUUUGGUUUGUGCUAAAGUGACGCACAAAGGGGUUUGAAGGAGGUAGUCUCAGGGGACACUGUCGCCAGCACGAGAAAAUACCGUGGUCUUCCCCCUGUGGCCAUGGUGAGAUGGUUCUGUGGCUUAGGUGUAAAGUUGGCUUUCCAGGGACACUGAAUAUACACACCGUCUCUCUUCCAUUACCCCCCGGGGCUCACCAUCACUGCUCUCCCUCCAAACGAUCAGGCCUGCCGAGGAGGCAGGGAGGACGGGCCCUCACUCACACGGCUGCAAACACCGUAGCAAAGCGUGGGGGGGCUGCCUCCUGACAUUCCCUUGGAGUCUGUGGUGGAAGGAGCCCUGGGGAAAUCAAGCUGGCGAAGGCAGCCUGAGGAACAGCUACGUGAGUCAAGCACGGGGCACGCUACUUGGCACACAGGUAUCCAGGACAUGUUUUAGGUACUAGUAAAAUGUACACAAAGUGUGAAGAUUGGAGAAAAUGGCCGUCUUCAGAAGAGCCUCCGUGUGAGGAAGUCACUUGCCCAGGAAAAGAAUCAGAGUCUGAAAAGGAAUUGGGGCAGAAUCAGGAGGCCAGGAGGCCGCCCCUAUGGGGCACGUGGCCGGGGGGACAGGGGCGGCCACAGGGGUACUAGGGCCAGGAGCCGGCGGGCAGCCGACUGUGCAUUGGCACAGUCAGAAGAGGCCGUGGCGAGUGGACCAGGACAAGACGAUGGCUCAUACAGCAGAGACCAAGACUGAGAGGCCCCGAGCAGACCACGCACCACACCAGAGCCCAGCAAAGCCUCGCAGACAGCCGCCCCCCCACCCCAGCUCCAGGCCUUUCACAGGCAUACUGGGUCCCUUUGGAGCCCGCCCCUCCCAGCACCAGGGAGCAGACAGCUCCUGCUUCACUCGGCGUCAUGGGACAGGUCAGGGGCUCGUUCUGCUUUACGUGUUUAGCACGGGUGAGAGGACACGGGUCAGAGUCAGAGAUGAAGCCGGUUAAGUCAGGCAGGCGGAGGCAGCAGUCGUGGAAUCAGCUGGAGGACUGGCUCAGAGCCCAAGUGCACUUUUCUUGUAUCACACGCUUUCUUCAUGCUGGAGAGCACACCAGCUGGUUACUAACCCUACUGACAAGAGUCAGAAGCUGUCCCCGACUCCCACGCAGUCAGUGAUAAAAUUCCGAGGUUCAGUCUAAUAUUUGGGGUUUGGUUGGAGAUGAAUUGGAAGUUUGGGCAACAAGCAAGUCAGAUCAGUCCAUUAACCAAACAGAAUGCAGAAAGGGCGCAGAGGCUCCCUUGUGUGUCCACACAAAAUAGAUGACAAAAUAGACAAAAUGGAUGAGAUCAGGACUCUUAGAUGCUGGGCUGAGAGCUCUCUCGACCGACCUGCUGAGAGAAGAGGAGAAUGGCCAGGACGUGAUUUCUGAAAUCAGGGCAGCAUUCCUUUAAGGGAAAACCAAUCAAAAAUGAAAUGUUCCUUGUACAAUGCACGUGUGUGAAUCCUUUAAAUUCCCCCCUUGCCUUCCAUGGUUUGUGUUCCGAUUACUCGGUCUUCCCACUUGUGGUUCCCAUUUCCAAACUCUCACCGUGUCGGCAUCUGCUACCUGCGGUCUUCCGCUGCGUCUCGGGCAGAAGCAAGUUAGUGCUUGGCAGCCACCACCCAGGGAAGGAGAACGGAAAGUCCUGGCGCCCGCCCCGAGCCCAGGGAGCAAAGAGUGGAGGGUCGGGCUCCGUCAAAAUAAGAAUUACUGAGAUCUGAGGCUAAGCAGUGAUCUCAGAACCUGGAACGCCAAGAGUGAGAGGACAAAAUUAACCAUUUUUACAGAGGGAAUCACAAAACCUUCCAUCGUAGGGAAAGGAUACCUCCCAUGACUUGCUGUCCAGCCAUGCCAAACCGUAUCUUCCAUUUAUAAAGAGAAGGGGAGGGGGCGCUCCUGGGUGGCUCAGUCAGUUAAGUGUCUGCCUUCGGCUCAG